AUUUCUUCUACUUUUAGCAUUUAUAUCCUAUCUUUGCCGAUCUAAAGAAAAAGAAAACCAUUUUGAAUACAGUUUCACUUUAUGAUGAGCGACAACGAAGGUGGAAUAAAGCGUGCGACAGAACAAGAUGAGCAACUUGAGGCACUUAAAAAACAAAAACUGGACGAAACAGAAGAAAAAAAACCAGUACAGGCUGAUGAUAUUGUCGCAGAUAAUACUGACACAUUAGAAGUAAAAGAGAAUAUUGAGUCAGAUGAUCCUGCAAGAGCCGUCACAGCAUCUCCGAGCCAAACUCAACCAAAUAGUAGUGAUGAUACAGCGAUUACAAGUGAGCAAUUAUUAUUUGCCCUCACUUCUGUUCCUGCAGAGACUAAAUUAUCACCAGAUCCGGCGAUAGAAAAGACACUAGUAGAAAAACCAAGCGAGACAACGACAGCAGCGACGACCAGCAACGAACAAAAAACUCCUCCUACGAUUUCAGUCACAGAAGCUGACAAGGAUGCAUCAUCUGUGACGAAGAGUAAAGAGACACCUGACGAGAAUAAGCCUACAGAACCCCUUAGACCAUCCACGUCUUUUAGUCCAUCCUUAUCUCAUGCGACGAGCCUAGCACUGAAUAAUUUGCCCAAUAUCAGCGCAGCUUUACGUCGAUUGAGCAACGCGGGCGUGAUUGAACAGCUAUCAUCUUCAUCAUCUAGGUCGACUCACACAGGGCAGGAAAGAAAAAAAUCGACAGAAGUAACACCUUCGGAGAUACUUGGCAAUGCCCUGGCAGUUGUCGCUGCGAGUGCACGAGCAGCCAAUAAUAACAGUACCCAAUCAUCCUCUAUUUACAAUAACAAUAAUAGCAGUAAUAACAAUAGUAAUAGCAGCAGUAACAGCAACACAGCUGCCGCAAUCGGCAAUCUGGCAGCCAUUACAGCCAAUAUCAGCAGCUUUUUAAACUCAAGUGGCUUCCAUCGAGGAUCGUUUAGCCAAGAAGACACGCAGAAGCUAGCUGCAGCAGUUGCCAGUGUGACAAACAGCAACAAUAAUAGCAAUAACAGUAGCCAUAAUACAGCACGUCGAAACAGUUCCAUAGCAGCUGUAGGCAACGCUUUUUCAAAUAUGAUUGAUCAAGCCAUGAUGAUUCGACGUAAUAAGAGCAUGAGCGCGGGUACUCUUGUGCAGCAGGAACCAUUACCAAAACCGAAACUUAUUGUAAAAAAUGAUCAAGUUUGGAAAGCAUUGGAGGGCAUGGAGGAAAAAUUGCUUGGGUACCAGGUGUAUUCCCCUCAUCGUCUGCUGCCAAAUUUAGAAAAUUGUUUGAAUGGUAUCAUGGAAAUUCGUGUUCCGGCAAGGUAUUUGACAUUUGAGAACGUGCAGGUGAAGAAGAGAGCAAUCUGGGGAACGGACAUUUAUACAGACGAUUCGGAUAUCGUAGCUACGGAAAGUACGAGCCACAGUAUAAGGAGCCGGAGAUUGAUCCCAAUGACCCAUUUGCUCUUGCUAUAGCAGGUAAACCAAGAGAAGCAACUGAAGCAGCCAAGAAAUUAGCAUUAUCUGGAAAGAAAUGGAUACGCCAAGACACCUUAAUACCCGAUCAUGACC